GCCUGACGGGCCAAUGUUCAGACAGGCGCCAUGAUUUUCCUGAGGAUGCGGCUAGAAAAUGGUCGCUUCCUGCUUGGAUAAACGCGUAGCCGACAGGUGAAAGACUCCCCGCUGUUUAAAGCUCGCAGUUGAAAACACGUGUUCACUUGUUCCAGUAGAGACCAAAAUGGAUUCAUUGAUGUUACAAAUACUCAGAGUUUCGCUUUCAAAGCGGAGCAGAGUGAGCUAGGUAGCUAAUGCUAUCAGCGAAGCUAGCUCGGUGAGGCUAGCACAGGAUACUAACCGGUUUUUAUCACAAAUAUUGAACAUUUGAUUCUGCUUGGUUAAAUGACAGAGGUGUUACAGGACCAAAGCUCACACCUUAAGUAACAGGUAUGAUCCGGUUCUGAUUCGGACAGUCCUGGUGAUGGCAGAGGGGACUCACACUGGCGAAAUGCCCUCCUUUGACCCAAGUCCUGGUGGUUCUGAAGCUAAAAAGAGACCCAUUUCAUCAGAUGGCAGAGACGAACCCAUGAGGAAAAUGCCUUUGACCAAGUUUGGACCCCGACCUCGGUUUGAGCCUGUGCACUUCGUUAGCGGUGGGAGCAGCGGAGGAACCGGCACCGAUGAGAAGGAGAACGAUAAGGAGCGCAGGAAGAGUGAGUCGCACGACGCCAGACAGUGGGAGACCCACCACUCCGCCGCCAGCGGAUGGGCGCAAGGCUUCUCCUCCCUCAGGCCCGCUUUCGACCGAGUGCCGUCACACUCGAGUGACUUUUGGGGUUCCCACAAGGACCGAGACGGUUUCUCAGGUAGCACUAGUGGACUGGGUUAUGGAGGCCGCGGGUCGUCUUCGAACUACAUGGCGAAAACGCAGCAGGACUACACCGCCAAGUACGUAGCGCACUCCUCCUCUCACAGCUUAAACUCGUACUCGAAGCCGCGGAGGUUCAAUGGCUACAAUGGUGGCGGCGGCAGCAGAACCAGCAGCUGGGAUUCGGGUCGUCAGGGUUUGGGUUACGGCUAUCAGGACCGGCCUUUCAGCAGAGUCUACAGCGACCCAAGCGCGGCCAGUCCCAAAGCAGCAGAGACCGCGAAGCCUCUUCCAAUAUCUCACUCCACGCUAGAGGAGAAGCAGAGGUUGAUCACCAGUGUUGCCAACGCGUUGUCCGUCGCCAGUCAUCACCCUGUGUUGAUGACAGGAAGCGACUCACCGAACUACAACUUCAUGUUGAGCCGCAGCAUCCAGGCCUGCAAGACCAACCCGGAGUACAUUUACGUCAACCUGAAGGAUAUCCCGCAGGCGGACCUGCCAAAGAACAGGAAAGUGCCGACGGACGGCUACGCCUGCGAACUGAGAUGUCAGGGCGUGUAUCUGGCAACCGGAUACUCCGGCAGCAAAAACGGUGCAAGAGACCGCGCAUCCGAGCAAGCUGUGAAGCUCUUCCUGAAGCCGGUGGAGGUCCGCGUCGUGCAGCGUCGAUACCGACACCUGGUGGUCAGCGACAUAGUCGUGUGCCAGACACACAGCCCGACGCCGGCGUUCCUGCCGGCGCUCCGAAACCCGGAGGACAAGCCGACACCGGGCUCCAAGGGCCAACACGAGCCCGACCGAAACAAGCACUGGACCGAGUUUGUGGUGAUGGACAACGCGUACGACGCCAUCUGCAUUCUGAACAACUCCAACGCCUUCAACCGCAUGAAGAUUGACUACAAGUUUGUCCAGCUGCCCAGCAACCUGUGGCAGUGCAGCAUCUUCCUGCAGGAUGAGCUGAUAGCGCAGGCGAUGGGGACGAAGAAGAGCUCCAAACAUGCCGCCGCCGAGGAGGCCGUGAGGAAGCUGCGCCUCAACCAAGCACAAAGGCAGCCCUGGCAGAAACAGUCCUUUAGAAAUAAUCCACAGGAUUCUGGCAACUGCUUCCCGCCACAGUCGGACGGCGAUUCUUUUGGGGUCAAAAAGAAGCAACUGAGCGAGCUCGUGAUCUUGGAGAAUAACGAUAACGCCAUCUGCAUCAUCAACGACACGGCUCAGUUUAACAAAGUGACUGCGGAUUACAGAUUCUCAGUUUUGCCCGAUCAUCACUGGAAGUGCGAAGUUUACCUGGAAGGGCAGUACGUCGCAGCGGGAGUUGGACCGAAGAAGUUAGUGAAGCACAUUGCAGCGAAUGAGGCGUUGUUCACCUUACGACAGACUCAGGCGGUCGUCAAGUCCAACUUGAGGAAGGAGGGACACAACGGCGCCAUUUCCCGCUCUCAGAUCCUCGCUCGCUCGGGCGAGGAAGCGCUGAAGCAGGAGAUCAAGGAGGACAACAUCGGAAACCAGCUGCUGCGAAAGAUGGGCUGGAAAGGCGGCGGCCUCGGCCGGGACGGCGACGGCAUCGCCGAGCCAAUCAGAGUCAAGGAGCAGUUCUCCAGGGAGGGUCUGGGCAUGGAAAUGGUUAAAGCCGGAAACCUGCUCAGCAAGCGGGACAUUGAGGACGUCAUCCGCAACUACGCCAGCUCGGACAGAACGGACGACCUCCGCUUCUCCAACGAACUCACCGACGACGAGCGCAAGCAGAUUCACCAGAUCUCCCAAAAAUACGGGCUGCGCAGCAAAUCCUACGGACAGGGAUGGGACCGGUUUCUGGUCGUCAGUCGGAAAGUACACAAAGACCAGCUGAUUGGUCAGCUUUUACAGGAAGGACAGGUGGGCCGGUACGAGCUCGUCAAGCCUCAGGCGUCUCAUUAAACUGCAUGAAAAUAAAUUGGAAAUUUCCUCCGAGUUUUACUUCAAAGCAUAUCACAGCAAAGGCCCGGUUCAGACAUGGCAGCAGCAUGCGUCCUGGCUUUAAAUGUCACCAUUCAUACCUGAUAGUAGGGAUCAUUCAGCUGCUUCACAUGUACCUCUACACACAGCUUGCAUCAAAUGUUACAAUAACAUUAAUUUAGCUGUUCGAUUGAUAAUGUUUCAGGAUAAAAUAACAACAAAGAACUUUUGAAAACAAGAUUUGGGAGAACAAAGUUUGAAUUUAUUGUGGAUUAAGAAUUAUACAUUUUGGCUCAAAUUUAUACAAACAACCCUUUAGCUUCUGGCUAAUUUACAAAAACACAUUGCUUUCAGAUUUUUAAUUAAAGUUUUAGCUUAAUUUUACUGGGAUAAUUGAUUGCUCUUGGUAGAAUUAGUAUAGUUCUUUAACAUUAGAUGACUUUCUGCCACUGACCUGAUUUUUUAAGCAUAAUCCACAUCUUUUCAAAAUCUCUUUAUCCCAACACUAACACUUAAAAACUUUCCACCUCUGAUGAAAUGUAAUUGGUUAGGAGGUUCAGAAACUGAAAACCACAUAUUCUACCAAAUAUGGAAGAAACACCUUAAGUUAGUUUUCUGCUCAGUCAAGACAAACAUUUGAGCUACACUUCAAAAACACAAAAUCUUACCAAGUAUUUUUGGUUUAGUUUCUAGUAUGUGUGAAAUAAGACAAAGCUAACAUACAAGUAACUUUUCAGCAAGAUAUGAGCUUGUUUUAAGUAAAUCCUUAAUUUUGAUUUAAAAGAACAACUAUUUCCACUGGCAAAUUGUUUCACUUAACAGACAUUUUCCCAUAAGUAAAAUAAUCUACCAGAGGAACUAGGAACCUUUUUAUCAACAUCAAUGAAUUGUUGACUUAAAUCAUACUUGUACAUCCUGCUGAAAAGUAGCUUGUAAGUUAGUUUUGUCUCAUUUCUAUUGCACUAAGAUAUUUGCAGUAUAAACUAGACCAAAAAUGCUUGGUAAGAUUUUGUGUUUUUGCAGUGUAGAUUUGAAGUUGAUGCUUUGAGACACAAGAACACACUGGUGGUGGCGGCAACAUCAUGCUGAGGGAAAGUAGAAAGAUCUCAGCCCUAUUCAGAACUCAUGAACUAUGCCUAAAAGGUCAAUGCCAGGAAAUAUUCAUUAUAAAGAAGACUGGUCAAAAGUCCAAACAGCAUCAUGCAGGAAGUUCGAAUGCUACAGGAAGUACGAUUUCUCUGCAACUUACUCAGGGACAAUUAACCAAAUAUUUAAACAUGUUUGAAUAUAUUUGAGCCUGAAUAGGUAAGUAAAUUAAAACUAGGGCUGGGCGAUAAAUCAGCUUUAUCGAUAAUUGAAUUAUCUGGUUUUGAAGAUGUAAUUUUCACCAUUGGGUUUCCAUGGUUCAGAGUGAUGGCAGCACGCCCAGGGCGGCCAUCUUGUUUGACUAGUUUGUUUAAUUUACUUUGAAUUCAGAUCAACUUACAGAAGGAAUGACUGAAAUAAGUUUUUUUUUGUUUAAGAUACUUUAUUUCAUUUGUACUUUUUAUUUUUUGGAAGGAAAAAAAAAAUCAAAUUUUGGUUACAUUUUUAAAAAUAUUUUUAAUCCACACCCUCAGCACUAAUUCAAACUUCUGCACCUGAUUCUUGUUCUUAAAAUCAUUACAGUAAUGUUUUCUUUCCAUCCCAUUGGAAAAAAAAGAUUAGAAUAAAUAAAUAAAAGCUCAAGAUAUGACUGUUUAUGAAAGCGUGAGAAGGGAAACCAGAUGUGAUCGGACCAGCCAGGACCAACGCUGAUGCCCCGUCUGAAUCGGGUCCAACUGCAAAAACACAAAAUAUCACCAAGUGUUUCUGUCUAAUUUCUAGAUAUUUUAACGUAUUUGAAAUAAGACAAAACUAAGAUUUAAAUUUUGGAAAAUCUGGGGUUUUUAUUUAUUUUUCACCAAUUUACUCCUUAUGUUUCCCCAGUUCAGAGUGAUGCCAGCGGCGGCCAUUUUCUUUGACAAGUAUGUUUUACGACUGAAUAUUAGGGCCAGUUUAUGAUUUAUUUUAAUUAUGGUAAUAAAGUCAUAAUAUUUGGAGAGCAAAGUUGUAAUUUUAUGGGAACUCCAAAAAAAACGAACAAAAAAAAACAACCUAUUUGGAAAUGGCUUUACAGAUAAAUAAGUAGUUAAUCUUUUGACAUAUCAGCAUCAAAUUACUUUCAGCAGCAGGACUUUGAAACUAAGACGAAUCACAGCUGGUCACGAUCUUGAAACUUUUCUUUUUUCUCUUAAUUUUAAGAUGUGUUCUUGUAAAAUUGUGUCUAUUCUGUUAAUAGUUCUACUAUAUCCUCAUAAUUAAACAUUCUUGCAAGCCAGGCCCUAAUACUCUGUUGUACAACUCACAGAAGAGACAAUGAAAUAAAAACCACUUUUGAAAAUA